ACCACGAACCUUUCAUCUCCUAGACUUCCUACCCACACCACACCACACCACACCACAGUACUCUUCAGCAAGCAACUCCCACCACGUUACGUUGCCGUUUUCUCCUUUACGCCACCACUGGCGACACCCAAUUUAGCGUCACGCGCCGUCUCAAUUCCCGUAUUACGCGUCACCGCGCCGCCAAUCUAGGCACGUUCUCUUCUCACUCCUCCCGAGAUCGAGGAAAGCAAAAAAAAAAAAAAGCUUUUGGCAAUGGCGAGAUUCCAAAGGCUGUCAAUGAUUGUUCUCUUGGCGAUUCUCUCAGUACAACUCACUGUAUAUGCAGAUCAACAAUCUCCGGUUCCGGCACCUCAAACCGGCGCGCCGUCGCCGGAACCGAGUUCUCCUCCGGCUCCUGCGUCGAAUCCCGCUCCUGCCUCAUCUCCGACGCCUUCGCCGGCAGCUUCUCCACCGAUGAAGUCCCCGGUUCCGGCGCCGUCCAUGACCGGCGACGUCCACGAGAGUGACGUGAAUGCGAGUGACGAGGAAUUGUCCGGUGGACUGAAAGGUGGACAGAAGGCUGGGAUUGUGCUCGGAGUAAUCGCCGGCGUGUGUCUCGUCGGAGUCGGAGGGAUGGUGUAUAGGAAACGGCAGCAGAACAUCCAGAGGUCUCAGUUAGGGAACGCCGCCAGGAGAGAGAUUCUCUAGAUAUACAUACAUACAUAUGUCUAUAUCUAUAUAUAUCUCUGAACCACCGUCUCUUCUCUAUACAUCAAUCUAGUGUUAUUGUCAUAUCUUCUUCCAUAGUAAUAGAGUGAUUUCGUUACGUUAAAGCUUGAGAUUUGGACUGAAGAUGAUUUUGUAGUGCUAAUAAAUUUUGAAUUUUGAGUGAUUUUUUGGUGUUCAUUUCAAUAGUUUGGUUGAUUUUCUGAUCAUAUGUAAACAUGCUUUACAUGAUGUAUGAAUGCAGAGGAAUGCCUUUGAAUAUGGAAUCUCCUUUAUUGGUUUA